AAAAUAUAUUGACUGUGUAACUGGUCAAUAAAAAUUGAUAGUUUUCUUAAAAGGGCCUGAUUAUUUGCAAUAUGGACCAACAGACGAUGAGAUUGAGACUAUUUUCCUCCAAAAUGCCUAUCGUUUUGUACGGCAUCAACACUAGCUGCGCGGUUAGGGCGGUAUUGAUGACCGCCGAGGCUUUAGGGUUAAAGUUGGACUUCAAGGAAGUGAAUCUGGUCAAAUUAGACCAUCUGAAGCCGGAGUUUUUAAAGAUCAAUCCUCAACAUACAAUACCCACAUUAGAUGACGACGGAGUUAUUUUGUGGGAUAGUCACGCGAUAGCGGCGUACUUGGUUGGCAAAUACGCCAAGGACGAUUCCUUAUAUCCCAAAGAUCUGGCCAAAAAGGCUCUGAUCGACUCCAGGCUGCAUUUCGAUACGGGCUACGCUUUCCCAGCGCUACGGGACCCUGUGAGGGCGAUCAAGUUGUACGGCCAGCCUCCCGGUCUAACUGACAUUCAAAAGCGACUCAUAUUGGAUGUUUACGAUUUCCUAAACAAAUUUCUGGACAAUCAACCUUGGUUGACUGGCGACUCGGUCACCAUUGCCGACAUAUGCUUGUUAGCGACUAUCACGUCGCUUAACACAGUCGUACCGGUCGACGCAGCCCUGUUCCCGAAUGUGGUUAGGUGGUUGGAGAGCGCUGAGAAGCUGCCUUUCAUAAAAGUCAACACACCAGGCCUAGAAGUUUUUGGCGCUAAUGCUAAAAAUACAUUCGCACUGUGUUCCGUCAGCAAUAAGCACAUAUCUAUUGAUAAUAGGGUGGCCCUACUAAGGGCCGUGCUGCUUACCGCGAGGGUGCUCGGCGUCACCCUCAAAAUCAAGAAGGUAGACCUGUGCAAGAACGAGCAAUUGUCACCUUCUUUCCUUAAGAUCAAUCCGCAACAUACUGUACCAACCCUAGAAGACAACGGCUUCGUGAUCUGGGAUAGCCACGCCAUUAUAGCUUUCCUUGUCGGCAAAUACGCGCAAGAUGACUCCCUCUACAGCCGCGACAUCAUGCAAAGAGCGUUGAUCGAUCAGCGACUCCAUUUUGAUACUGGCGUGAUCUCUCAUUUUACCAGAUCGAUAUUGAACCCCAUGUUGUACGGGAACGCCGAAAUCGACAUCAAUAAACACCGGGAAUCUAUCCUAGAGACUUACGGGCUAAUGGAAAAAUUCCUCAGACGCAAUAGAUGGAUAGCGGGAGAGAAACUAUCGAUUGCCGACCUGAGCCUGAUACCGUCCAUCACGUCGUUGAACGUGGUGGUGCCCAUAGAUUGUACGAAAUUUCCCAAGCUGACACAGUGGAUCGAGAAUGCGGAAACCCUUUCAUGCUACAUGGAAAACGAAAACGGACUCAAUCAACUGAGAGCGUUGUUGAAAAUGGUUCUUAAAUUGUUCAUGGUACUUGGCAGUCCUCCGGUAAACGCCGUGCUCAUGGCGGCCAAGGCUUUGAACUUGGAACUCGAACUACGCGAAAUAAACUUCGAAAAAAAGGAGUACUUGUCCGAGUCUUUUCGUCAGUUAAAUCCCGCUCACACGGUGCCGACUUUAGACGACGACGGCUACGUGGUGUGGGAUAGUCACGCCAUCUUGUGUUAUGUGGCUGAAAAGUAUGACGAGUCGGGUAUUUGGUACCCGAAGGAAUUGGAGCGCAGGACUCGAAUUAAUCAAAUCCUCAACUUCGACUGCGGUACCGUUUUCCGCCAUUUCAGCGACGCUGUGAGGCCGUUGUUUUAUGAUGGAGCGAAAAGCAUCGAACCCGCGAGGCUAGAAAAGUUGGAAGAAGUCUACGAGAUCCUGGAAAGGAUUUUAGAAAAGUCGCAGUUUAUGACUGGCGAUUCGGUGACGAUCGGUGAUGUUAGUGUUUUAUCCACGGUAACCAUGGCCGAAUUAGUUUUACCGAUCGGUAGCCAACGGUUUCCCAAACUCGACGCUUGGCUACGGCAGAUGAAAGACAAGGAAUUUUACCAAGCAGGCGUCAAGGGCAUUUUUUAUAUGAAAAAAGGUCUCGACGUUGUAACGUCUCAAUAAAUAAAUAAAUACCACUAGGUUCUGUAUUUUUAAUACAUACAUUCGCUUGGAACUGGAAUUCCGAUCCACUACGUA